GCCAAUUGUCUGCUGGCUCUUCCUGUCCUUGGCUGUUCUCACCGUACCAUAGCCUCCCUUCAACUCGCAACCGCUGCCCAACACGCCUCACAUUUCCCCAAAACAGAUCGUCGCAUCUCCACAAUUGUUGAUAGAUCUCAACGGACAUUUGUCACCUACCCCAGUUCUUUUGAGUCUGCAUCUGUGUUGUACGACACGCAACUUCUCAUCUCGUGAGCAAUCUGAACCAGCCAUUGCCCCAUCUUCCACUCCCCCAUGCUAAAGACACAAGUCAGUGCCUCGCUUCAGGCAGGGCUAACCCAACAGCUCAACCGAAGUCUAACCAACGAAGACUCAUCAUCGCUCGUCAGCAGCAUCCGCAAUGGAGAGGGCAACGUCAACUACAUCACCUUCAAUCAGGAUGCUUCCUGUGUGGCCAUUGGCUUGAAUAGUGGCUACAAAAUAUUCAAUUGCAAGCCGCUGUUCGGCAAGUGCUUCCAGUUCAAAAAAGAGGAACUGAUCGGCAUAGUGGAGAUGCUCUAUUGCACCUCACUCAUUGCAGUAGUGGCGUUGGGCGACGAGCCUGGCUCGUCGCCUCGCAAGCUCAAACUUGUCAACACCAAGCGACUUUCCACCAUCUGCGACUUGAUCUUUCCCUCCACCAUUCUUCAAGUAAAGCUCACCAAUUCCCGCCUUGUGGUGUUGUUGGAAGAACAGAUCUACAUCUAUGACAUAACUACCAUGAAACUCUUGCAUACCAUCGAGACUUCUCCCAAUUUGCACGGUCUAUGCACUAUUUCCCCAUCCUCGGAUCAGGAUGGAAAUAGCUACCUUGCCUAUCCAUCCCCUCCCAAAACCAUCACCCAUGAUUCAUUGUUAGUCACGGGUAUAAAUACCAACGGUGGGUCGAACUCGGUCCAGAAUAACAUCCAGUCGGUCAGUAACAGUCCGAACCGCGUGGGAGAUGUCAUAAUCUUUAACCUCACCACUCUUCAGCCGUUAUCGGUUAUUGAAGCACAUAAGUCUACCUUGGCUGCAAUGACGCUCUCGAACGAUGGUAGCUUGUUGGCUACUGCUUCUGACAAGGGUACCAUAGUAAGAGUCUUCUCAGUUGAAACAGGGGUCAAACUCUAUCAGUUUAGAAGAGGUACGUACCCUACUAAAAUCUAUUCCCUCAGUUUCAGUUCCGAUGAUAAGUAUGUGGUAGCAACAAGCUCAAGUGAGACCGUUCAUAUUUUUAGAUUGAGUCAAGAAGAGGCAUUAGAAAACAAACACAAAUUGAAAAAGCUCAAUAAUACCUCCAAGAAGAAGGUAAAGCUCAAUCCAGAAUAUGAAACCAUUGCAGAGGAAAAUGAAACGUUAGGAGAGCAGCAGAAGCCACCCAGCCAAGUACACGAUGAUGAUUUUGAUGACAUACAGGACGAUGGUGAUGAUAGUGAUGCAGUCAAUGAAGAAGACGACAUUGAGGAAGAAGAUGAAGAUGCUUCAAGUACCAAACAAAGAAAACUCUCGCAGAGUUCUACCAACUCGUUUCAAAGUGUAAACUCUGGUAAGUCGAUUAUCAGCAAUGAGGAUGUUCCUACCAACACUUUUCCCAAGGACAACUCUUCACUUGCACAUAAGUCUGAACCGAUAAUCGACCAAAAUAGACUUUCGGUAGCCAGAUUGAUUAGGCGAUCUUCUCAAACUUUGGGUCGUAAAGCUGCUCAAAAGAUGGGUGAUUUCUUGCCUUCCAGAUUUUCAUCAAUUCUAGAGCCUACCAGACAUUUUGCAUCUUUGAAAAUCAAUGCCAUUGGUAAGGAUGUCAAAUCAAUAGCUGUGAUGAAUAAUGAAUUGCUGCAUGAUUUUGUUCCUCAAGCAUACCUAGCAAAAGAUAGGGAUGGAUCCUCACCUUCAACUCCAACCAAAGAUAAUAGCUUUCUCCAAAGAGAGGCUGUUGCGUUGAAUUUGUUACACAUCAAUGUGGUCACCUCCGAAGGGUUCUUCUACACCUACGGAUUGGAUCCAGAAAGAGGCGGUGAUUGCAUUUUGUUACACCAAUACUCACUAUUAGAUGAUGGUGCGUAGUUUUAGCUAUACCUCUAUAUGAAGAAAAUUCAUGGCCAAUGCAAAGUGAUAAUACUCUACUUGGUGUAAUUCUGUAAAUGGCAAUCCUUUGUGGGUGAAUCUGAGACAGCGCAACUGUUUGCUCGUCAAAUAGAGAAGUCCUUAUGAAUAGAUUGAUAAAUUUUUUUUUUUGCUAAUGGGAAGUAUAUUAUAAUCUACUGACUAUAUACCUAUUGCAAUGGAUAAC